GUCUUUGUCUCGACCAAACUUUGGCUUAGUUACCAUACAAUCUCAAAAAUCCACUGAACAAACUAGGAGAAGCCAUUGUUCUGGUAAAGCAUAUCAUGUAAUAACAACGACUAUUAUCCUGGGCUACAAAUCUCAGAAACCCACUUCACUAUCAGAAAGAGAGAAACUUUCUUCUACCCAGUAUCCGCCAUAUCUUUCUGAGCUUCUAGAAGAGACUAUGGUCCACGAAAUGAAUUUGUAAGCAUAAAGUUUGUGUCUUGGGCAGGUUUUGAAGUCGGUUUUGGUGGGAAAGAUGGAAGAAGAUCGGAUUGAAGAGAGUAGUGUAAGAUUGCUGAGUGCAACUAAUAGUAGUAGUGGCGGUGGCGGUGGCGGAGGAGCUGAGUUUAGGUGGGUGGAUGGGAGUGAAGUUGAUUCAGAGUCACCUCCAUGGUCUUUACUUGAUGAGAAUGAUAAUAAUAGUGGAGCUGGGUAUGGAUCCAUUAGGAGGAGGUUGGUGAAGAAGCCCAAGAGAGCUGAUUCUUUUGAUGUGGAAGCCAUGGAGAUUGCUGUUGCUCAUGGGCAUGGUGACUCCUUGAAGGAUCUCUCUACUUGGAGCACUCUUGCAUUGGCCUUUCAAACACUGGGUGUAGUGUAUGGUGAUAUGGGCACAAGCCCAUUAUAUGUCUUUGCUGAUGUGUUCAGUAAGGUGACCAUUGAGUCUGAAGUUGAUGUCUUGGGAGCCUUAUCACUAGUUAUGUACACGAUUGCCAUCAUUCCUUUAGCAAAAUACGUUUUUGUAGUGCUUAAAGCAAAUGAUAAUGGCGAAGGAGGAACAUUUGCUUUGUACUCAUUGAUUUCCAGAUAUGCAAAAGUUAGUAUGCUGCCAAAUCGUCAGCCAGCUGAUGAACAAAUCUCGAGUUUUAAGCUCAAGUUACCCACUCCAGAGUUAGAAAGGGCUUUAAAAAUAAAAGAUGCUUUGGAGAGGAGGUCAUCCUUGAAAACAAUGCUCUUGCUGUUGGUUCUGAUGGGAACUUCCAUGGUUAUAGGAGAUGGUAUUCUAACUCCAGCAAUAUCAGUGAUGUCUGCUAUAAGCGGUCUGCAGGGUGAAAUACCUGGAUUUGGCACAACUGCACUGGUUGUUGUCUCGAUCGUUGUCCUCGUGGCUUUGUUCAGUAUACAGCGGUUUGGGACUGGGAAAAAGAACAGUGUCGACGCAUGGUCAGCUCUUGGUGGUUGUGUUCUGUGCAUUACAGGAGCUGAAGCAAUGUUCGCUGAUUUGGGGCAUUUCUCUGUUAAAGCCAUACAGAUUGCCUUCUCUGGUGUAGUAUUUCCUUGUCUUCUCCUAGCUUACAUGGGCCAGGCUUCAUAUUUAAUGAAACACCCUGAAUCUUCAGGAAGAAUAUUCUAUGAUUCUGUGCCAGGUAGCCUGUUCUGGCCAGUCUUUGUCAUAGCUACCCUUGCUGCCAUGAUUGCCAGCCAAGCAAUGAUUUCUGCUACAUUUUCAUGUGUGAAGCAAUCUAUGGCUCUUGGAUGCUUCCCAAGACUGAAGAUAGUUCACACCUCAAGGAAGCGGAUGGGUCAAAUCUACAUCCCUGUUAUCAAUUACUUUUUAAUGGUUAUGUGCAUAGUUGUGGUUUCAAUCUUCCGGAGCACUACAGAUAUCGCUAAUGCAUACGGCAUAGCUGAGGUUGGUGUGAUGAUUGUGAGCACCACCUUAGUGACACUUGUAAUGCUUCUAAUCUGGCAGACUAAUUUGUUUCUGGCUAUAUGUUUCCCACUCAUUUUUGGGUCAGUAGAACUCAUCUACUUGUCUGCUGUUCUGUCAAAAAUCAAAGAGGGUGGAUGGCUUCCACUUGCCUUUGCUAGUGUUUUCCUCACUGUGAUGUACAUUUGGAACUAUGGGAGUGUGUUGAAAUAUCAAAGUGAGGUAAGGGAGAAGAUUUCAAUGGACUUCAUGCUCGAGCUUGGUUCGACCUUGGGGACCGUUCGAGUUCCUGGAAUUGGAUUGCUAUACAAUGAGCUUGUCCAAGGUGUUCCUUCAAUCUUUGUACAGUUCCUAUUGAGCCUUCCAGCAAUCCACUCUACUAUAGUUUUUGUUUGCAUCAAGUAUGUCCCUGUCCCUGUAGUUCCUCAAGAAGAAAGGUUUCUUUUUCGGCGAGUUUGCCCAAAAGACUACCAUAUGUUUCGUUGCAUUGCUCGGUAUGGUUAUAAAGAUGUCCGUAAGGAAGAUCACCAUGCAUUCGAGCAACUUUUGGUUGAAAGCCUCGAGAAGUUCUUGCAGAGGGAGGCUCAAGAUCUUGCUUUGGAGACCAAUUUGAAUGAGUUGGAUUCGGAUAGCAUUUCAGUGAGGUCAACGAAUUCCGGAGUCCAAGCCGGAGGUGGAACAGAGGAGCUAAGGAUUCCAUUGAUGGAAAAAAUGGCAACUUCAAUGGCAUCAGAAUCUUCCUCAGCAUUGCCUGCAAGUGCCAUGUCAACAGAUGAAGACCCAAGUUUAGAGUACGAGCUUGCAGCCCUUCGAGAAGCCAAGGAUUCAGGAUUUACUUAUCUACUUGCUCAUUCAGAUGUAAGAGCAAGGAAAGAUUCUCUUUUCCUCAAGAAACUGGUAAUUAACUACCUCUACUCAUUCUUGAGGAGGAAUUGCAGAGGUGGUGCUGCAACAAUGCUAGUACCUCACAUGAACAUCAUGCAAGUUGGUAUGACAUACAUGGUUUAAUCAAUAUUUAGUCACUUGAAAAUCUCUCUUAAGUUAUUGUUUGUAAUUUGUUGUCAUUGGCCACCAAUUGUGGCCUCUAUGAAACUUAGCAAACAAAUUCAGAAAUUGUACAACUUUUGCAUAUUUGCUUUUAGUAGCCUUUUUCAUUGGAAUCCACUGGUGAAGUUCUGCUUCAAAAUAUUUCGCUAUUCUGUAACCUACAAAACCUUCAUCAGUUUUGUCAUUAGGCCCCAUUACAAUGUAUACCAAACGUACAACCAAAUAUGGAAUUUAUUUUUUUUUU